AUUUCAUCACAUGCUAUCCGCGUAUCAACUCAUGCAUGUUCGGCAUAUAAACAAACGCAUUUCACUGCAUAAAACACAGGAAUUUCGACCCAAAAUCCCGUAUUCACUUCCCUAAAGCAUCAACCAACAUUCCCCCAGUUUCAAUCGAUAUUUUUAAAGAAAAAUACCCUGGUUUCGAACCGUAAUUUUGAUUGAAAAUUGUCAACAUUGUGCAGUGAUGUCAUAGGUUUUCAGGUAAUUCCCAGAAUCGCAGUUCACAUGAAACCGUGAAGGGAAAUCCCUGCACCAUUGCGUUCAUAAACACGGCAGCUUUGAAUGAAAUUCGUCACUCCUUGUUUGUAUUCCAAGGUGAAUACACAAGCGAAAUCGAAAACCGUCUUUCCUAUAAAACGUGGUAGCAUUUUCGAAAUCGGUGCUUAUCUCCAACUUGCAGUACAAUUACGAAUACUAUACGAGACUUUGAGCUUGUAAAAGAUAUCUGAGAAGCUGAAGCAAGAAGGAAGUACAUCGCAUUUUGUAGCUGCAGUAAACAGACCGUGCAGGAACGAAUCUGGUUUAAUAUCUACUAAAUAGAUCCCGAAUUUAAGUUAUUGUUCACGACUACAAGAUGCCCAUUGAACGAUUACGUAUGAGACCGUGGCUGGAGAUUGCUUUGAACGAAGGCAAGUUCCCUGGCGUUGAAUGGCUGAACGAAGAAACGAAGACCUUCAGACUGCCUUGGAAACACGCAUCACGUAAUGGCUGGCAACUCAACACAGAUGCCUCGUUGUUUCGUGCAUGGGCCGAACACACGGGCAAGUAUAAAGGCAGCGAUAAACCGAAUCCAAAGACAUGGAAAGCGAAUUUCAGAUGCGCUUUGAACUCAUUGCCUGACAUGGUAGAGCUCACGGAUAAGCGAACAACGAAAGGCAAUAAUGCGUUUAAAGUGUACAAAAUCAUAGACAAUGCUGUGAAAAAGAGUUAUACUUCUAAAAAAUUGAAAGGUAUAACUAAAUGUACGCACAUAGCAGUAUAGAAGAAGGCCGAAGUCUAAGAACUGAAGCUAUUUGUUACAUGUAUUGUUGUCUAUUGUCACAGCGGUGUGUACAAAUAGCUGGCUUCGCUGAUUUUUAGGUACAAAAAUGCAUCUCCACCACAAGAGCGUUAAAAGCUUUUAGCUUGGUACUGAUAAGCUAAGAUUAUUAUGAGUUUAGGUGCUCAGGCAGCCAAACUCUGAAUCAACAAUUUUGUCUAAUUUUGGCCUACAAACCGCGCCAAAAGGUUGUCGCACUGGUUGUUGUUACCGAAACAAUUGCGCGACUCGACUACACCCAGAUAUUCAAUAUGCCUUUGCCAAAUUUAGGAAAUUUACUAUGUAAUAUAGUUUUUAAUUUAAGCAGCUAUGAUACUGACACAAAUACUACCGAAACUAUACUAUUGAAGUGAAGAAUUAAAUUCCAGUGUAGGUACUGGCAACGCGAGGCUGGUUGAAGAAUGCAACUACAGUCUACAGUGAUUUUCUAGACUCGCUUCAAACAUGAAAGUCCUAUCAGAUAGUUGCAUUUUUCAACCGACCACGUGAAGAUGGUAUGCAGAUAGAUCCAAGGUUCGUCUAUGUACAUCCAUAUUUUGCUAAAUUUUGUACUCGGUUUCAUGCGAACGUAUUUUUGCCCAACGCGCAAAAGGUAUUCAUUCAUUGACUGAUCAAAAUUGCGAAACAUGCCUGAUUAUAUACAACGUAGUCACUUUAAAGCAAAUAUUACAGUUUAUCGCCUUGCUUUAUAACUUCAAAAAAUCAUUUUCAAAACUAUGUCUAUGCAUCUUUAUACUAGCUUUCUCCAUGCAGUAACUUUUAAAAUUGCGUAAACUAGUACGAUUCGUAAAUCUCUCCACCCACUUGUUGCAAACGUCGCUCUCUUUUUCGUUCAAAUUCGUGUUUAAACUUCAAAAAAUCGUGCUCAGAUUAAAGCGUUUUUUAUUUAUUUUAUUACCAGGCCGUGCUCAACGGAAGAAGAAACAGUUUUACAGGACAAGAAGCAUUGAGAAGGGUCUGCAAAUAAAGAAAAACAACACGGAAUCGCACAAGGAAACAGCGCAGGUGUAUAUAAACGCGGCCGUCACAUUAGAGUGUUUCCCAUUCGAGUUUAGCGUAGGCGUUUCGACUAUUCAAUGCCUUGUUCUUUUGACUCAAUAUCCUACGAACUAAAAGCAAGUUUAGCAAUGCAAAUUGUAGUAUUUUUUAAGCAGAAAAGUUGUAUUUUAGGGGCAGAAAAUUUAACAUGUGGGCGUCUGGUGAUUCCAAGAAGUGAAUUUACUUGGAAUCUUAUGCGUCACGUGGCGUUUGGAAUGUUGGGCGUGUGUUAAUUUCUCCAGAUUUUACAUGAUUCUUUUUAUUAGCCCAAGGUUUGCCUCUUUUAAACACAACCUAGACCUUUCAAAUAAGAAAGAACGAUACAUUUCAGUUGCCAGUUGCAAAAUUCGCGGCGUUUUGCGCAAAUCACACAUGUGCUAGUCGUGUUUGUAAAGACAUGUCGCUACACGCAACAGCCACAUCAGUCAUCUCUUUACGACGAUUUUAAUUGAAUGAUGCAUGCUAAUACAAGUCAAAGUACAAAUUAAAACUCCACACAAUUUUAAAGCUUGAAAUCUGUUGCUAAGAUACUAAAGCCCAGUUUUAGGCGAACUUUUGAUGCGCCGAAUUUAAUCAAAACGCCUAAAUGCGUCGGAUUUAUUGUACCGUACGAAAAUACAAGUACGCUAUAUCAGAAAUUUCAAUUUGGUAAAUUGCUAAUAUCAUGAUGAAAUGAUAAUAUGCGUUAAAAAAAUUAUGCACUAGGCUAGGAGCAUGAAAAACAUGGCGUCUAAACGCAUGUCGUAAUUGUGGAAUGUCGAACUUGGGCAAAAUGCCAAAACGGCAAAAAGCGCUUUCUCUACGAUCGUAAAAAUUUUAUUUUCACAAGUUUCGAUUACCUGACUAUAGCCUUGAAGACGUAGACGUUUACUAAUUGAAAGUUUAAGCCUGGUUGACACUAUCAAAGUUUCUGCGAUCACAGUAGGAAUUUUGCAUGGGUAAAUUGUAAGCUUUGAAGAAUUUGUAAAGGUUCUUUAUACACUUGCAAUUUUUCCUGCGAUUUUCGUCUUGUGAUGAUUGUGAACGAGUAAAUGAGUUAUGAAUUGAAUGUUUGCGGUAUAUCUACCUUCAUCUCAACAUCCAUAACUCAUUCACUCGUUCACAUCUUUCAGAAGAAGAUAAUCGCACCUACAAUCGCACCAGAAAUGUUCGAGAGAACCACCGACUCACUGUUAAACCGGGACUGAGUUCAUUUCUUAUAAAACAUUUCUUACAAAUCCUUCGACAACUUAGAAUUUACCUUUGCAAAAUUCUUACUGUGAUCACCGCAACUUUGAUAGUGUAAUCCAUGCAGCCUUCGUGAAAAUAAUAUUUUACGAUCAGAGAUUGACCAAUAAUAUGUUUUUUCUUCAAACAGUCGUAUAAAAGCAACUCAAAAGAAAACGUGACGAUGGAGUAUCCUUGCAACGUCCCUCAAAUCAUGAAUGGUACGCAUUUAGUUGAUCAUGACUACGGGGUGACGAGAUAUUUUGAUAUCUAUAACGAAACGACAGACGAGGACAUGCAUGAAGGUUUGUUGAGACCUCACGAGUGUCGGUGACACAGUGGUUGUCUAUUGUGUCUUUCAUAUCUGUGAACGAGGUUUCAUUCCUGCAAUAUCCAGUUGUCUCAUUAUAAUUUCACCUCAAUCCCAUGUGAGAAGAGUGCUUCCAGUUUGACUCUACCAAACACCACUGGUUUUAUCCAGGUUUCCCCCUACAAUCACAUUGGAUCAUUAAGCUAGGAACGGCUCUUUCCGGUCCUCUGAUACUUCUAUAUAGACCCCGUUUACACUGUACCAGAUUCGCUGGUCGCGACAUCUUCGUUUGCAGUCCAGGAGCAACGUUUAACAACAAAGAUUUACUCUUUCAAUAACGUCGGUAUGUUUCUGCUUGUUACUAUCUUUAUAAAUGUUCUGGCUAUUUCAUUGACUGUUAAAACUGAUGUCGUGACCAGCGAAUCCGGUACAGACUAUAAAACGGGGCUAUAGUAAGAACAGUUUAGAACUGACAGAGCUAUCCAUCUAUUUUUCUAAAGUUUGUUCGUUCACUGCAACCAGGUAUAUCAAUCAUGUUUCGUUCGCUGCUCUGGUUUAAAUAAAUGACUACAAAGCCCAGUCGAAUUCAGUGUAAUCAAAACCGUCUUGAUUACAAUUCAACUGGGCUUUGUAGUCAUUUAUUUAAACCAGAGUAGCGAGCGAGCAAAACAUCAUCUAUUUUUCAUUAGUAAUUUGAAGUGUUUUGUUUAGUUUUCGAUCUUCAAGACAGUACCAGUGUGAAAACAGAGCCACUCUCACCGCAAGUAAUCGGAGCUGAUCAUGAUUUCUCAUUGUAUGCACAGGUAAAUUUUAAGUUCAAUUUUAAGGAGGGGGACAUUGGGAUUUACGGUAUGGCGGUAUAAUUAGCUUAUUUUUCUUACGGUAUUUCGGUAGUUUCCUUGAAAAAUUGCGGUAUUACGAUAUUGGAAAUCUUGCGGUACACGGUAUUUGCAAUUUUGGACUCAAAAGCUGCGGUAAUUGACAAACUGAUUUGCUUACGGUAUUACGAUAUUGAUGGCCCCCCAUUAAGACACACGUUUUGUGGCUUUCAUUAACUAAGCGUUAUGGGCGGCAGGUGAUUAUCAAGUGUAUAACAGCACAAUUAAUAUAUUCAUGAUCAUGAAACAUUUUCUGAUAUCGAAGUAACAAAUCGUGGACGCACUCAGAAAUAUCGUAAAUAUAACUUCAAAAAUGUUUUCAAAUAUUAAACAACGUCUCUCAAUUGAGUCAAUUCUAUUUAUUUGCCUCCACACCCCUAUUACACCUUAUAAUGAAAGAUAGUGCGCAGUGAAACAUUCCUCUACUCAUCACAUGACUUACAUUUGCACGCUCAUUGGAGCAUAAGCUAUGUAAUGCACUAAACCUCUUUAUUCUUGAUUCCAGGAAAGUGCAGUUGAUUCCAAGAACAUUAAAACAUCCUGUACGAAAGAAGGUACAAAGGUCAUUCUAAAAUAGACGAAUUAUGCAAUUCUUUAAAGAAUCUCAAUUAUUCUGUUUGUUAUCCCUCUUAAGGGGGUAGGGCAAGAAGAGGCGAUCAUACACACCCUUCAAAAUUCAAAUAAUCUCCAAAAUUACAUUCAUUCGAGUUGCAACUCUCAUCAACUCUUGCUUGACCGACGAGAAACAUUGUAUUUAAUCAAUAUAUUAUUUUUUGUAUUUUCUUUAGACGAAAAAGUAAUGUCAGAUGAUGAAGUCGUUGAGGUACACAAUCAUUUUUAAAUUUAAUUUAAAACUUUCUCUUGCGCAUUUCAGAAUAACACGUUUUCACAAUACAGUGUUCAAUUUAUGCCAAGAUGAAAUAGUGUCACAUUUAGGUAACUUUUUUAAAAAAAAAUCUGAUUUGUGUAGCUUAUUGAUGAAAUGUCGAGUGAUUGCGGUUCAAGCUGUGAGUCUGUUGACCCCACGAUGGAAGAAUUUUUGUUUGAUGGAAUUGGUCCAUUAGAAACUGGUAGGGAACAUCAUUUAAGUUUAGUUAGGUUAGCUUAGAUUUCCUCCUGUAGUAACACUGGAUCAAUAAAAGAUAAUUCUUACUGGACCUCAAGGAAGAACAGUUUAGAACUGAUAGAGCUAUCCAGUAGAAAUAAAGUUAGUUUAGUUUAGGUUUCCUCCUGUAGUAACACUGGGUCAAUAAGAGAUGAUCCUUACUGGACCUCUAGGAAGAACAAUUUAGAACUGAUAGAGCUAUCCAGUAUAAAUAAAGUUUAGUUUAGGUUUCCUCCUGUCGUAAUACUGGAUCACUGAGAUGAUCCUUUCUGGACCUCUAGGAAGAACAGCUUAGAACGUAACUGAGCUAUCAAAACUGAGCUAUCAAGCUCUGUUGUAACACUGGACCAGUUAAGAUAGGAGAACACUUAACAGUUUAUUUUACUUUAACUUUACAUUUUAAUUUAGAUUUUCCAUCAGAAAAAUCAAAACAGAGAGCCAACAGUGCGCCAGCACUUGCAUCACCACUCGACGCACUCGACGUAUUUUGCCCUUCACCCUCGAAAUUCCCUCGAAAUAAAUCCUCGACAGACAUUCAUUCAAUGCUGUCUAUUACGUCACAGGAAUUGUUACAGAGCUGUCUCUAAAGUUUUUCAAGGAAUAUUAACAUGUACAUACAGCAUGGAACCUGGGACAAGGGCGAUCUUUUAACCGCGAACGGUCGAUGCAUGUCAGUGUAGGUAACUGCGACGAUCACAAGAUAGCUUCAAUUCGGAUUGAGGGAGAUACACUACUUGAAAAAUACAAGCAGAACUUCGACAUUUCGAACCAAGCUAGGCCACAGAAUAAAGAAGUUAAAGACACACAGAAGGUGUCCAACCUCGUCCCUAGCUAGGGUUGUGCUAUCUCCUGAGACCAUCGUUAUAGGUUGCUGUGGUUUUUGUCUGAACUUCCUGAAAAUCUCCAAGUGAAAGCUUUCUUUUUCAAGUCGUUCAGAAACAAGCCACGGGAACUUAUACGUCGAAUCGCUAGUACAUUGAAUAGCUAGUACAUUGACCAUGUAUGCCGUUUGAACGCACAGCAUUUUAAAUAUAGAAAUUCAAAUUGUAGUUACACUAACUGUAAUAAAAACUAACUUGUAAUAUAGAACGUUUUAGUUGUUUUAGCAAUGCGGACAGAAUGUACUCGUGUAAGUGUCGAGGCACGUAUUGCAUGAUUAUAAUCUAAAACAAUUAUUAACUAACUGAUUGAUUAUGUAAAUAGCUUGUAAUAAUGAGUCAGCUAGGUUGAUGUUGAAAAAUAAUGAAUAA